AUGGGCCAGACCAUCCGCAAACAUGUUCCUAACCGCUUUUCCUUUAAGCGCAGCCCCCAAAGCCAACCCACCAAUGAUCAUAACUUAUCAUCUCGACCGAGCAUCUUCUCCACAUUAAGAAGAGCCCCUGUCCCCAAACCCAACGAUUUUAUUCCUCUGUUCAACGACUGCAUCUCUGCUGCCUCAUCCAGAACGCAAGAGUACCUCCUCUUCAAAGACCCAGAGGAAAAGUUCCACCCAAGCCCGGAGGUAUUCUCUCAGGUAGGUUACUUUGUACCAUCAAAAAAAUAAAUACAGCACUCCUUUCGGAUUUCUGUAAAGUGAUUUUUCAACCUUGGCUCCUCCAAUAGGUCUUCCUGAUGACCUACAUUACCCAGAGUGUUUGCCUGAACUUGACAGACACUUUCAACUGCACUGCAAUGACGCCUGAGCAGCGUAUCCUCCUUGGGGCAGACUGGGUCUGGGCGCUGCUGGAAAAGCCCACCAAGAACCCUCGAAUCCAGAUUGCUGUGCAGGUCCUACACCUGCCUGAGAGAGAGGACAGUGAGGAGAAUGUCAUCCCCGUGGAUAACUGCAGUGAGUCGCUCCUGAUGGCCCAGAAAGAGUCCAGCAACAGGACCAUGUGUGAGAGGAUGGUGGACUUCUGCGCCUCCAUUGGCAAGGACUGCUACGCCCUCUUCUUGUUCAUGGGGAAGAAAAAUGACAGGGGAAAUAUCUACGGUGUCCUCAGCAAUAACUUUGAGGCAGCCAUUGGGAAGUGCAACAAGAUUGACAAAGGUUUAAUUGAGAACUUCUUCAAAGGCUCAAGGUACCUUCACACACCUACAGGAAUGAUGCAGGCUAUUGUCACCAAGAGGGAGGGGGACCCUCUCACUCUUAUGAUUAAAUUCAGCUAA